GGGACAUGUUAGAGGCUGGCAGGGCCGCGGAGCUGCUCGUCUAGACAGGGGUUAACGGGCACCCUUUCAGAGAUGGGCAACGGCGCCCAACGAGAAAGGACGCGGAUCUGAGCUGAGUAGCGACAAGCCGGACUUGGUGUACUGCUCCCGGACGUCCAUAUGCAAGAGUUAUUUCAUGUUUGAAAUGUGGGAGAUGGUGGCGUUACCAAGAGAGAGCUCUCCCUUCCUGUCGUCUAGGACAAGAUGGCAGCAAUGCAGGCGAACUGUGCAUGGGAUGGAUUUAUAAGUCCAUAACAUGCUCAGAGAAGCCCUGGAUUAUACUUAAAGUGACUCUAUGUGAAGGUAUGGCCUCACAAGUCUUGGUCUACCCACCACACAUUUAUCAAACCCAGACAAGUGCCUUUAGCAGUGUGAAGAAACUCAAAGUUGAGCCCAGCAGCUGUGUGUACCAUGAGAGGGCACAUCCGCGGACCUUUCUGAACAGCAGAACCGUUGGCAUUGCACACGCGACCAAACAAGCCCAUUCGUUUGUGAACCGAGACUUAGCAGUGGGCCUGAGAGUACGUGGAGGACAGCAGUACCCAGUGCAGACAGUUGUGGUUCGUGGCGUACAAAGACAGCAGCCUGGUAAAAGAAGAGGGGGACCAGGCCCACUUGCGGCCCAGCAGCAACAGGAAGCGAGGGUCAUCAACUCACUGGGCAAGGAGCAGCAGCAUCAGGCGGUUGAAGAAAGUGGGAGCAGCGGUGGAGCAACAGGAGCAGGAGGAGGGGGAAGGGGAGAGGGCUGCAGUGGGGGAGUUGAGGAAGGAGGAGUGGGGGAGGAGGGUGACAGAGAGGAGAACUGUGAACGUUUGAACUCAGCUGACAGCUCUCAACGAUGUGGGCUGAAACGUAAAAGUGAGGACCUGGAUAAUCGAGGGAGCACCAUGCAGAUUGUGGAGGAACUGUCUAUGUUGCCUGCCAUGUUGCAAACGACAAAUGUGGGAAAUGCAGCCGUUACUGCACCGACAGCUGUUGGGGCAGGGGGAGGCCCCUCCAAACAGGGUGUAGGGCAUGGGGGUGUAUGUGCAACUGGAGGAACAGGAGGAGGUGAUGGGGACUAUCAGGUAGUACAGCAUGAAGUCCUGUGUUCCAUGAAGAAUACUUACGAAGUGCUAGAUUUUCUGGGUCGAGGCACAUUCGGCCAGGUAGUGAAGUGCUGGAAGAGGGGAACUGGGGAGGUUGUGGCUGUGAAGAUCCUGAAGAACCACCCUUCAUACGCAAGGCAGGGUCAGAUUGAAGUUGGGAUUCUUGCUCGCCUGAGUGGGGAGAACGCUGAUGAGCACAACCUGGUGCGGGCCUUUGAAUGCUUCCAGCACCGCAGCCACACUUGCCUCGUAUUUGAGAUGCUUGAGCAAAAUUUGUAUGAUUUCCUGAAACAGAAUAAGUUCAGCCCGCUGCCAUUGAAGGUGAUAAGACCGGUGCUACAGCAGGUAGCUACAGCUCUGAAAAAAUUGAAGAGCAUGGGUCUGAUUCAUGCAGACCUAAAGCCAGAGAACAUAAUGCUGGUGGACCCAGUGAGGCAGCCCUACAGGGUGAAGGUCAUAGACUUCGGCUCAGCCAGUCACGUGUCCAAAGCAGUGUGUUCGACGUACCUUCAGUCUCGGUACUAUAGGGCUCCAGAGAUCAUUUUGGGAUUGCCGUUUUGUGAAGCCAUAGACAUGUGGUCCCUUGGUUGUGUGAUUGCUGAGCUUUUUCUGGGCUGGCCUCUUUACCCCGGGGCCUUGGAGUACGACCAGAUUCGCUACAUCUCGCAGACACAAGGUUUGCCAGGCGAACAAUUACUGAAUACGGGGACAAAGACAGCACGAUUCUUUUGCAAAGAGUCGGACUCGCCUUAUGCAGCAUGGAGACUGAAGUCAACAGAUGAACACGAGACGGAGACGGGAAUGAAAUCAAAGGAAGCGAGGAAGUACAUCUUCAGCUGUUUGGAUGACAUAGCGCACGUGAACUUGAUGAUGAAUCUGGAAGGUUGUGACUUAUUAGCGGAGAAGGCUGACCGGCGGGAGUUUGUGGGCCUGCUCAAAAAGAUGUUGCUGAUCGACGCAGAAGAGAGGAUCGCCCCUGCUGAAGCGCUCAUUCACCCUUUUGUGACGAUGCAACACCUGCUCGACUUCCCCCACAGCAACCAUGUGAAGUCGUGUUUCCACAUCAUGGACGUUUGUUGGACUCGUCCCACUGGGUAUGAGGCCGCCAACAGAAAUAAAGGUCCUUUCGUUCGACCUGUAACUACAACCACUGCUGCCUCAGCCAACCUCCCCUUCAGUAAGAUCCCAGCUGUUCACACUCAAGGUUUAGUUCCAUCUGCACCGUCAGUAAUGCACCAUGGGAUACCACUGCAGACUGGUGGUGGUCAGUUUGGAUGCAAUGACUCGUUUCAGCAAGCUCUCAUUCUGUGUCCCCCGACAAUACCAGGUAUCCCCACUAAUACUGCUAAACCAGCUGGCUACUCUGUCCAUAUGGAGGCCUCCGUACCUCUGGUCACUCAAGCACCAUCAAUCCAGCCAUUGCAGAUCAGACCUGGAGUCAUCACUCAGGCCUGGUCGAGCCGUGCCCAGCAGAUCUUGGUGCCCACUUGGCAGCAGGUUACGUCUGUCCCCCCACCAUCAACAACACUGGCUUCUGACACUGUGACUGGCACACAGAGAUUAAGUGACUGGGGGAAAGUGCGUCCCCAUGGUAACCAUUUCAGCUCCAUGAUUGCACACCCUCAGCCGUUCCUAACCAACCAAAUGACUAUGUCCACCCACCAGCCAGUCAACAUAGGCAUCGCACAUGUGGUGUGGCCACAGCCAGCGGCAAACAAGCGAGCGAAGCCUUGUGUGAACAGGGGCAGCAGCACCUCCCAAAACACAAACAUCCAAAAUGUGGCAUGCCAGUCCCCAAAAAUGGCCGACACAGCAAAGAAUGUGGAGGAAAUUGAGGAGGAGGGAGCCAGAUGUCAAGAAGAAGGGCGCACCAUAGAAGAGGGGCGAGUGGAGGAUCAGGUCGAGGAGGACGAUGAGGAGAGCUGCUGUAAAGUGGAGCCAGACUGCGAGGAGCUCUUGGUUUCGCAGGAACAGCGGCAGGAAAUGUUGAUCUCUGGCCUUGCCAGCCCGACUGUUAGUGUCAUCAGUAUCAGCAGUGAUGAAGAGGAGGAUGCACAAAGACACUCAAUGGGAGAGUGUAAGGGCAGUGCAGAUUGUGAAGCAUGUCAGAGCACCAUCAGUAUGGAGAGAGUUUGUUCUCUCAGCAGUCCAGACAGCACGCUCAGCACCAGCUCUUCAGCUUCAGCCCAGUCCAACAACUCCCCGUGUAAACAACCCAAUAGCAUGUCAGAUGAUGAACAGGAGAGCGGUUGUGACACGGUGGAGAGCUCGCCUGCCUCGCACAACUCCGGCCACAGCAGCAGUCCCUUUACCGAGCGCCGCUACAUCGCCGACAGCAACCAGAACUGUGAGCCGCGUGUGGCGUGCGUUGCCCCUGAAACUGAGCCCAGCAAGCCUACAAUACGCACCGUUGUGGUGCCUCCAAUGCGGGUGCAGAACAAUAACAACUGUUCUAUCAGCGAAACAUCUGGAAACACAGGUCACAUGGCCUGGGAUUAUGCUGUGUUAGUAGGCCACAGAGGUUCUCACAGAGUCUUCGUGCCACUCCAAAGGGCGAGGCAUUCCUGGGCGACAGCAUCACCACUCCACACUGCUCCUCAACAGGCCACAGAAAAUUGGCCCUGUGUUCCAGCCCCAGCAACAGCAGCCUAUAGGCUUUGGGCAGGUCCAGCAUUUCACUUCAUGCCACCAAGAAUGGAACGGGAACUUUGCCAACCGGCGACCACAGGCGUACAUCCCUCCCACCAUGCAUGGACACACCUUCACACUUUCCCACAGCAGUCCAAACCACACAACAGGCGCCCACCCCCAUCUUGGGGGCCACCCGCAUUCUCAGCCUACUCUGUUGUCGUACCCUGCGUCUGGCCCUCUGGUUACAGCGGCCCCCGUGGCCCACCUGCUGGCUUCCCCUGGCGCCUCCCGCCCCGUCCUCCAGCCCACGUAUGGCAUAUCCCACCCGGCAGGCAUUGUGCACCAAGUGGCAGUGGGUAUCAACCCCCGGCUGCUCCCCUCCCCCACCUUGCAUCCACAGAGCCAGUUCAAGCCCCUUUUCCCCCCGCACUCUUACAUCGCCUCACCUGCUUAUGGCAGUUUCCCCCUCAGCCCCACCAAACUAAACCAGUACCCCUACAUUUGAGUGUGGCUCUGGUACCUUUCCUACCACCUGGUGGCUAAGCAGGGCAGCAUCCCAUCCUAAACCACAAACAACAUGGUUUUCAUUUCUAAUAAAAAAAAAAAACCAUGGCACAACCACAGAGAAAACAAGCUAUUUUUUGAAUCAUGUCGACUUGGUUGUAAUUGAACUUUUAAGCUUUAAAAAAAAGGAAAAAAAAAAAAGAGUUCCAACGGUGGAGAUGAUCUGGCAAAAAUUAAGAAGGAAAUAAUGUAUGAAUGAUUGAAUGAUAGAAUGAAUGAGUAGUUAAACUCACACUUAAUGUGUUUUGCACAUUUGAUAUAUCUUUGCAUUGGAUCUUCUACGAAUACUCCUCAAGACAGAUGAAUAAUUGGGGUGUUGUUGAAUAGUUAGAAAACCCCCCGGUCCCAGCUAUUUUUCUACAUUGCCUUCUUAUGUGUGCAAGACACAUCCAUAUUUGUAAAGCCAUCCCAGUCUCUAGCUCUAGAUUGACAGAUGCACAUGUUGUCCACGGUGUAUGUUGUACUGCGUUUGAAGUAUUUGUACCUUUUCUGUGUCUUUUGAUGUUCGCAAUGUCAAGUCAAUUAUCCGAUUUAAAUAGGGUUGUUCAUCACGCUGCAUGUGGUCUUGCAUGAGCAAAAAUGUAAACGGAAAGAUGCAUAGACGUUGCUCUUAUUGUUUGUGUCACAAGACUCGCUGCAUUGUAUAACUGUCCCCAGCCAUAGUGCCUUACAUAUUUGAGGUUGUUAAUGUUACUACUUAUAUAUGACUAUAUACAUGAAUAUUAAUGUACUGGACUGCAGCACUUGAAAUUCCAAUCAGUCGAUGCAUCCUAUGUGUGAGUAUAUAUAUGCACAUGUGUAUAUGUUCCAUGCAUAGCCUGCAUGGAUGUGAUGUAUCGCGGACAGCGGUGCUUAUUUUCGGAGUCUUUGUAUAUUUCAGUGUGUGGUGAGUUCCUUUUCUGUUCUUUCAAGAAGAACGGCAUGCUUUGCUGUUGCGAAUGCCUGCUGUUUCCUUAAACACGUUUGAUUUUUUUUUCCCUCUCUGUUUCCGAAUGAACUAGUGUACAAAGUGCAAGUACUGGAUAUUGCUUAACAUUUGAUAAUCACUUUCUAUUUAGUGAAACUCUUACUACUAACAGUAUUUGUACUGUUUAAAAACGGCAAUACAAUCUAAAUAGUCGUCGGUUAUAUAUUUCUUUGCUUUUUUUUGUCUUUCUAAUUUUAUUUGGAGUGUUUUCACUUUGUUUUUAGAUGUUUAGAAGUGUGACGGGCAUGGCUUUGAUUAGGUAAGAUUUAAAAAAAAAAAAAAAUGCAAAUUCGUUUUACGA